AGUGUCGUGUGAUGGAAGAGGAAAGCAACCUCGCGAAAUGGCUUGCACGAGAAGCUCAUCUGAGCCAUAAACACGAAGAAAUGUAAGAGUUAAUUUUUAUUCAUUGUUGUCUAACGUGAUGCCUCACUCGGCGGCAACUGGUGUCAAGGUCUUUUGAACGACGCACGCUAUUUAAAAAUGCUGGUCAUUUCAGAUCGUGUGUGCUAAUUGGUCUUGUGUCCUAUAGCAGAGACCCGUUAUUGUAAUAAGACUGUCUCCAUCUGGAAAAAAAAGCAAUUUUUGGUGGUCGGAACUGUUCCACUGAUUUUUUAGUGCUAUAAAUUAAAGAAGUAAUGACUAUAACUGCCAUUUACCUGAUAUCAGACUAUUUCUUUAGUUACAGAAAUCCUUCAGUUCUUAGGGUGAAGUUUUCACACAAAAUAUUAGCUUUAAUCCGAAAAAUAGGAAGGAAGGAAACUGUGAAUUAUCAUUGGAAAUCUGAUAUUAGUCUGUCUUUUCUAUCCUCAGAACUAUACAUACAAUUAUGAACUAAUGCCUUCACAGACUAUCAAUUGCCAUUACUAUUUGGCUAUCUAGGGUUGUAGCUAACCUCACAAAAUUAUUAUAAUUUGUUCACAGUCAGUGGCAUCGAGCUAUUUGCUGCUUUCCUUAGGGCUGUACUUAGAUGAAGGAAUAUAGGAUUUUUAAUGUGAUACAUCUUCAUAACUAAAUAGCAAUUGUAUUGCCGAGGUACCAGUGCAUAUAAAUAUUGAAUGCACUGUUUUUCAGUUUGGCCAAACGUGAGAUGUUGCUUGCAGAAAAUGAGUCACGUAUGAGUUCACAGCAGAAGAAACUUCAGUUGACUACACAUGACUUUCAGAGAACUAAGGCAAGAAAUGAGCAGUUAGUGCAGGUAAUGUUCAGUUAGUAGGUAAAAUGAUAAUACUGAUGACAACAAUGAUAAUAAUAAUUCAUAGAUUGAAAUAAAACAUUUCUUCUACUUCAAAUAAUGGUUGCACAAUAGUUACAAAGAAAGAUAAUAUUUUAUCUCAUGCUUAAUUUGGAAAAGUGGAUAAACCUAUCAAUUGUUUUCUAAUUUUAUUAAUGCUUAUGCAAUUAUUAAUUACAGUUGAGGUAAGGACUUGAAUAAACAGCAGUUUUCAUUGUAGAAUUAGUUUCAGCAGGAGCCCAUUACUUAAUGGGCUCCUGGCUUUAAACAAGGCAGAAGGAUAGAUUCCCUGCAACCAACUAGAGAGAUUUAUUCUUCAACCAUUCUUGAAUUUGAAUUACUAUAGGUAACAACAUGAUUUUGUGUGCAAUUUGGUCUUAGUAAGCACAAGUAAAUUUUAAAAGGCAACAAAAUUGUACAAGCCUAUAGGGUGAUUGGAAUUUGAAGUUUUUGAAAGUUUGACAAGUGCAUAUUUACACCAAAUUGCACAUGAAAUCAUGUUUUUACUAGUUAAUAAUUUACAAGUAAAAUGCAUUACAUAAAUUCAUGGAUGAAAUUUUGGCAGUGUGUGCUGUUUGUAAUUUGCACUUGUGUUGAAUCAGAUGAGCAUAAUUUGUUCAUGUAAAUUAUUAUGUAAGUUAUUAUACAUGCCUUCUGGCUUUGAAAUUAGACAUCCUGAUGUGUGAAACUUAUGAGUAAUUAGUUUCUUUGUAUUAACUGUGUUUUUUACCUUACUCACAAGGAAUUGGAAGCACUUCAGAGUGGAUUGGGAAAAAAGGCAACCAUGUGUUCUAGUAAUGCUCAGUUUAUCAGUCUCCAGGUGGGUUCCAAGAAAGUUCUAAGCCUGAAACACCAGAUAGCAUUUUUACUAAUGGUUUUGUUACUCUGCAGGAAAGUUAUUGGAAAAUGGUUAAACAAGAAUAUCCCCAGUGGAUAGCAAGAAAUGAAGCUUGCAACAGCAAGGAACAAAAGGAAAGGCAGUAAGAUCUCAGACAUUGGUGUAUAUUGAUAAACUAUAUGCAUCAGCAUUGGCUCAGGAACUGGCCGCCAAAAGAUCAAACAUCAGAAGGAAUAACUAAUUGCCUGUUUGGCAGGAGGGUUAUCACUGACUCGUGUAUAACCUGAUAGACACAGGUUUCUGUCUGCAGACAGCAGAUCAGGGUAGUUGCAUCCCUGGAAUGUGUAACUUAAAGUCUAGGUAUACCAUUUGCUUAUUUCAAAUUUAUCUGGCUGUGUUACUCACUGAGCAUUCUCAGGCCUGGGUCAUGUCCAAGUUUGCUGGUGCAAUAACACCACAGGGACCUGUUUUCUUGAAAGUUGUGGUAACUUUAAGAGCUAAAAUUCCUAUUUUAAAAUCUAAAUCUAUAGAAUAAUAGGUCAGCUUUCAGCCCAAUAGCCACUUUCCUUGUAUGAAUGUCAAAAACUGUAACAUCUCAAAAGGCCAUUUUUGAAAUAUCUAUAUUUUGGGCAAUUUAGCAGCUUUGUAAUUUUUUAUUUCAUACUCUUAUCAGUUCAAUACCAAUGUAACAAUACUUACACGGUUAGCACCCUACAAGUUGAAUGAUACAGAGUGGACGUCUACUUGACAACAGUGUUGUUACUCAAGUAAAAUCAACUAGGUGUUUAGGCAUCUAAAUUGACAGUGAUCUUAAUUGGAACGUUCAUGUAAAAGAGUUAAUUAAGUCCUUUUCACAAAAAAUGAAUCUUCUCAGGUCUUUGUAUUUCUUACCAACUACAGCGAGAGCUGAUUUUUAUUUCAAAGUAUUUUUACCAUCUGUUAUCUAUGGCUUGGUUGUAUGGGGUUCCUGCGGCAAAUCGCUCUUUGAUGAGCUGGAGAGAAUACAUCUACGUGCCUCAAAGAUCAUCUAUGGCCUAGAUCGGUACACUCCCAGCGAUCAGGUCUUAGCCCAAAGCAAGUGGCCCUCUAUUUAAGAUUUAUACGAAUAUAGAUUACUUAUGUUAGCACACGACUGUUUUUAUAACUUCUUUCCCGUUCCUAUUAUGAAGCUGUUUACGAAAUAUGAGUACAACUAUAACUUGCGAAGGAAAUUGACAUUCUUGUUACCAAAAUUCUUCGCAAGUCCACUUGUUACAAAGCCGUAUCACUAUGGAAUUCUCUUGACAACCAUACGCGUGCAAUCGCAAGCAAAAGCUAAUUUAAGAGUUUUCUUAAACGCAGAACUUCAUGCGAAUAGAUAAAACCAAAAUAAAACCAAUAAAACCAAAUACAGAAAUUAUUCGCAAGUCCACUUGUUACAAAGCCGUAUCACUAUGGAAUUCUCUUGACAACCAUACGCGUGCAAUCGCAAGCAAAAGCUAAUUUAAAAAUUUUCUUAAACGCAGAACUUGAUGCGAAGAGAUUAGUUUACAGACAUGUUAUCUAUUUUUUAAAAUAGGUUAGAUCCUUUUAAAUUUUGAUUAGAUUUUAAGCGUUUUAUUCACUUGUAAACUACUUUUAACUUUUAAAUACACGACCACAUUAGCUCCGCUGUAAUUUUUUUAUCGUGU